AGCGCCGACCGAGAGAAACAUCAGUCCUCCUCAUCGUGGGCUACGAGAAACACGCACUCUGUAAGGUGGAAGAAACUUUUACCCUCCAGAGAAGAGUUAGAAACCAGCUAGGAUACACAUCUGGUCCAGAGACUCACGCCAAACGAUAACCAUGUCGGCUUCAUCGGCGAAAGUCAGCAGGAAGGAGAAUUCGAAUCACGACGGAGCAGACGAGACCUCCGAAAAAGAGCAACAGGAAGCAAUUGAACACAUUGAUGAAGUACAGAAUGAAAUUGACAGACUGAACGAACAGGCGAGUGAAGAAAUUUUAAAAGUAGAGCAGAAGUACAACAAAUUACGCCAGCCAUUCUUUCAGAAGCGAUCAGAACUCAUAGCCAAAAUCCCCAACUUCUGGGUCACAACAUUCGUCAACCAUCCACAAGUUUCAGCUCUUCUGGGGGAGGAAGACGAGGAAGCUCUUCAUUACUUGUCGAGGGUGGAGGUCACCGAGUUUGAGGACAUCAAGUCAGGAUAUAGAAUAGAUUUUUAUUUUGAUGAGAACCCAUACUUUGAGAACAAAGCCCUCUCCAAAGAGUUUAAUGUAAACGAGAGUGGAGACCCUGUUUCCAAAUCCACUGAAAUCAAAUGGAAAGCUGGAAAGGACCUGACAAAGCGUACAGGCCAGACGCCAAACAAAGCAGGGAAGAAAAGGCAGCACGAGGAGCCCGAGAGCUUCUUUACCUGGUUCACCGACCACUCGGACGCAGGAGCUGACGAGCUGGGAGAAGUGAUCAAAGACGACAUCUGGCCCAACCCUCUGCAGUACUACCUGGUCCCCGACAUGGAGGAUGAGGAAGGUGAUGGCGAUGACGACGACGAUGAAGAGGAGGGUCUGGAGGACAUUGACGAGGGGGAGGAAGAGGAAGGUGAAGAUGAAGAUGAGGAUGGUGAUGGAGAAGAUGGAGAGGAUGACGGUGAGGACGAUUAAACGCUUCAGCCAACAUCUUUUCCCGGUCCUCCUUUCGUGAUCAUCCUACAACCCACGGGAGCAAAAUAUUUAGUUUGGUUUGGGGGAGGGGAUUUUGUAAAAAAAAACCAACCACACAAAACGAAAAACUUUUUUUUUUUUCUUCCCCUGUGUGUCGUCAGCCUGUCCGUCCUCUUCCUCAGCAGCCUCAGCCUGUCCAUAAUGCCAUGUCACAUGACCAGCUUCAUACAGCUGCAUGCAGAUGAUUGGGCACCCCUUGACAAAUAACAGUGAUUUAGUCACUUUUUUUUUUUUUUUUUUUUUUUUUUAUAAUGAAAAUAUGUAAACGUAGAUAUGGAACAUAAAAAGAUAUAUGUUCAAACAAUACUGCAGAGUUACUUUUUGUCAUAAAUUGAACAAAAAGAAAUAAAGCCUCAAUCAUAAAGCCUUCUGCAUUUUUAACAAUGGUGAGGUCAAAGUUCCACCAUUCAUCCCUCUUUUUCAUCAGAUAUGAACAACACUCGGUGUGUAUGUUGAGAUGAUGCAGCACAUCUCAGUCAGUUUAAUCAGGAUUGCUCCAGUGUGUUUUUGAAUCAUGAGCAAAUAUGUGACAGGCCACGCCCACUUCCACCAAUCAAUACGAAACUUCACAUUUUGGUUCGUUAGAAAUGAAGAGCUAAAAAUCAGUUCAAACAGUUAGAGCAUGAAACAGGAAGGUUAGUGAUCAUGGGUUUGAGUCAAAAUACUUUGGUAGAUCUAUUCCCAAUGAUGAACUGAAGUAAUCUACCAACAUUUCUGACGAUUGGACAAAUGCUUAAUGAGUUAUAACCUUUGUGAAGACAUUUUGCUUGACGACGGUCUCAUUUUUGGACCGAGCUUGCUCAUUUAUAUAAGAAAUGUGAAUCUCAGUCCCCCAAGACUCUAGAAGACCAUACCAAAUUUGGUGUUGAUGAAGUCAAAAUCUAAGAUGUUCUCUUCACAUUACUGUUGUCCAUCAUGGUGUACCUUUAUGGUCCAAGAGGCUUAAGCUGGAUGUGUGUGAAAUUUCAAGUCAAUCAGACUUGGGUGGGAGGGGUGAUUAGGCUCAUUUCUUUGGACUCACGCAGCUCAUUUCUAGUUAUUGAGUCUCAUAGUUUUAUCUCAUUCCAGCUCAGUCAUUUGAGCCAUGGCAGAAGACUACUACUACUGCUGCUACUACUGCUACUACUACUACUAAUACUGACAAUAAACAGGGACAAACACAGAAGGGGUUCUACCUCCUUUUUGGGGGUUUGAACCCUAAAAACAUUGUGGCAUGUGCAAAGGUUUGGGCAUCUUGUAUAGUCAGUACUUACUAACUCUCCCUCUGGCACAUAUCACAGCUUGUAAAUGCUUUUGUAGCUUAAAGUCUUUCACUUCUUGUAUUUUUGGGAUUUUCUCCCAUUCUUUUCUAAUGGCUUAAGUCAGGACUGUGAGGGGCAUUCCAAAACCUUGUAUCUCCUUUGGAGGCAUGUUUAGAAUCAUUACCAUCCUCUUUAACUUCAGAUGUUUGAUGUUUGCUUCCAGAAUGUAUUGGUAUUUAGUGGAAUCCAUUCUUCCCUCCACUGUUCAUUGGCUACAACAAAACCACAAAACAUGAUAGAUCAUCUUCUGUAGAUGUUGUAUGAUGAGGAUGUAGGUAAGGUUAUUUUCUACUGUCUCUGCCACACGAGCAGUUCUCUCUCUUUCUAUGAGAGUUUUCUUGGUCUUCCAGAUCUCAUCUUAACCUCUACAGUCCUCUUAGUCUGCUAUCUCUUCAUGAACUGCAAGCUGACAACACGUUGCUAUCUUUUUGUAGCUUCUCCUGCACUGUGGCCAUCAAUAACUUUCUUUUUCAGAGUGCCACUAAGCUGUUGAGUGUUCCCACAUGGUUUGAAGAAUGUUUGUAAAGCUUUGAAACUGGCACCAGCUGACACUUCAUGACAAGAGCUAACAAGCUGAUUAACGUCUGAAUCAAUGUAAAAAGAAUCUACUUUUGACUAGUUUAUGACAAAAAGUAACUGCAUUAAUGUUUGAAGCCCCCCCACCAUAUUCUACAUAGACUCUCCACAUUUUUUCAAUAAAAUAAAAUCAUCAAAAUAUGUCAUUUGUCAAGGGGCUCCCAAACUUUUGCACCCAACUGUGCACAGCAGGUAUACAUUGGGUGAGGUGAGGUGGGGGUGUGGGUGGCUCUCUGGAAGCCCCACCUGUCAUUGAUUCUCUACAUCUCCCAAAGACAUGCAAAAGAAUAAGAAAAAGGAAAAAAAAAGAAUUUGUAGCAUUCUGCACGUCAUUCUACGUAGAUUUAAGAUACGUACAAUAGCAAUUUCUAUGUAAGAUAUGAAGUUACAGUUUCUGUUGAAGUUGUGAGUUCAAUAAAAAAUAAGCCAUGGUGCAGUGAUAACUUAAUCAUAGCAUCCUUAGCCACUUUUAUAUAUAUAAAUGUAUAUUAUAAUAUAUCCAGUGGUUGGGGGUACUAAGGCUUAUUAGAAGUUGCAUUUUUCCUUUGUGACUUAUUGUAGUAAUGGAACUGAUUGAAAGCACCAGCUUGUUCCUUUCAACCGUUGUAAAUGUUUCUGGGGUAUACAUGUGUCUUGGUAAGACAGUGGUUAAUUGUACACAGUUUA